CGAGAAUGGAAGAAUGAUUUUGGUCCCAUUUUUGUCAGUGUUGCUUUUGAUGUGCACCAAAGUACCUCGUGAAGCAGAGCGAAACCACCAAGUUCAAAAGUUUGAAGAUAAGCGACCAGCCAACACUCAAACUCGACACUGCAAAGGGUGCAUAAUCGAAUUCAGCUCAUCACCAUCAGCCGAGAAAGCAGUUCGCUUGAGUUUGUAGUUUUCAGAACUCAUCAAAAAUGGAUCAGUCCUCGGCGGUUGGAGCCACGACAAUUUCGUCCUCGUCUCUCUCGACCACUUCCAACGUGCUGACACACGCGCCGGACGCUUCGCACAGCAGCGAUAUGGAGUGCAUCGAUGAGAAUGUGAUCAUUGACGAAAUUACUGAAGCUGAGCCUACGUCUGUUACGCUGCGGUUCUGCAAACGUAAGUUUCUUCGUCCAUAUGUGGUAAUACUUGCCAUUGCUGGACUACGCCCCAGUUCCAGCGAUGUUGAAUUUCUUGGUCGUUGGGUAGGACAUCUACAAACUUUCUUAGUGCUGCUACUACUCAUCGUUGGAUACAUGCUACAGUUUUUGUGUGGUUUCAGACGUGAUCAUGGGAUCAUAGAACCAAUCCAACCUUUACCCAUCUCCACAACCCCAGGAUGGACGAUAACCACAACAACGACACCAGACGUUGUUAAACAAUCACCGAACUGGACGAUCCGCGACGAGACGUCAGAUUUUUUAACGGAGAGCGGCAAUUUAACCAUAAACCUGAACCGAGAACCUGGACACCUCGGUCUCCUAGCAUCGGGUGAAGCAAUCUUCAUCUAUCUUGUCCCUGCUUUGCUACACCUGAACGGAUUCAUACUAGCGGUUUUUAUCUAUCGCUUUGCUGACAAUGAACAGUUGCAGAACCUCAUCGAACGGGUCUUUAUCCUCAGCAGCAAUCCGCGCCGGUUAGUGUUGACACUUUGGCUCUACUUUGGACUGGGACUGGUUUGGCUGGGCGUCUCCAUCGCGUACGUAACGCUGAUCGGAAUCGAUGGAGUCACCGUUUUCGAGCGAUUUUUAUCGUUUGGAUGGACCGGUGGGUUGGCACGAUGGACACAUACAGGCGAGCUAUUGAGGGCGCUGCUCUCGGUUACACUGUUUCUCCAUGAUCUCGUACAGAUGGUAGUGAUUGUGAGUUAUGGCUUGAUGUGUGAUAUGCUGCGAUGCUAUUUAAAGGCGCUGAAGGAAAAGCUGCUACUGCACACGAUCGAACCACUGAACUGGAUGCGGGAAAUCUGCGAGUUCCGGAAGCUUCUUCACCAUCUAAACACAAAAAUCUCACUACCGGUGGCCAGCCUGACCGUGCUUAACCUCAGCUACACGGUGUCGAGCGUGGCGCAUCUGUUCCACAACAUGACGGCCUGUCCGAUUAACAUAUUCACCGCGAGUCUCGCCAACAUUCUGCUCUGGCUGGUCAUCGCACUGGUGCCGUUCUUUCAGGCCGCCAGCCUAACCGUCACCUGCCGCCAAACGCAAUCCUGCGGCCAUCUGAUAAGCAUUCGCCCGUUCGUUCACCGUAAUACGUCGUCCGAGGAUUUGAACACGGUGCUGCUGUACGCGUCCUCGCUGAAGAUGUCAGCCAAAUUGUUCCGGAUGCCCGUCAGCGCCCACUAUCUGUGCUUUCUCGUGCUCGUCUGCUUCAUCGGCGUGCUGACGUUCGGAAUGUGCCUCAACAUAUCGCUCGGUCGGCUCUAGGGAAACGGAGCAACGGUACGGCACUCCCUACCCCUGUCCGGGCACGUGACGUGCGUUCCCAAACCUCGUGCACGAACCUCGUGAGCGGAAAUCUCGCCCGCGCCACCACGGUGGUGGGAUUGGCCGGAAGGAAGUGAAAUUUUCGUGGAAUUGCGAUGAACUGACGCGGACAGGCCAAGGACUGUCGGGGGUCGUUUGCCAGUAAGUGACGGAUCGUCUGCAAACACGUGGAAUUUACGGACGAAUGACCGUUGCGUCAGUUAGCGAAGAGAGAGAGAGAAAGGGAGAGAAACAGAGCAGUUUAGCAGACAGAGGGACGUCGCAUCAACGCAUCGAAUGAAAUCAAACAGGAAACGGAGAGCAGGACUGGCUUUUUUCUAUAUCGAAAGCACUGUGAAACAACAUACGGUUCGCAGGGAUUUUUGCAUUUCCAUUCUGCUAACUGGAAGUGAAUGGUUGCAUUUAGUGUGCAGAUGGUCUGUGAUGCGAAAAUGGGGUUGACGAUGGCAAAAGAUUGCAACUGUUACAACAGCAGUAGAAAGGGUUACCAUUUGAAGAAAAAUAUUCGUAUUUACAAACUUUGUUGUGUUUUCGACCCGGGCCGUACAAAAAUGGAAGCAGUAAAAAGAGUCUUUAUUUUAUUCCUGUUGGAUGGAAAACAAUAGUUAAUUUAUACUAAAAUGUGAAAAAUGUGUAUUGCUCUCCACAUAAUGCUGUAUGCUGAAGAAGGGUUUGAUAAAGGAUGCUAGCAUUAAAUUACAAUAUUUUUAAGUUUACGUUCAUUAUGUACAAUUAAAUACUUAAACAAUUAUAAAUUGUUCUUAUAUGAUGCGUUAUAGUUUAUAGGCUCGGUCAAUAAAGUGUUCAUUGCAAUGCAAGAACGAGUUGUAC